AAUAUUGCUUUAUUACGUCAUUGUAAUUCAAUACUUUAGUCUGAAUAAAGCAGUUCAUCUACGCCACCAACUUGCGAACAUUGAAACAUGGUGUCAGAACUUAACGCGAACUAAAACGCUUUCAAUAUUCUACAAACAUGACGAAGGAUCAACCUUCAACCAGUGCAACCAGUAACGGUCCACAAGGACCAAUGUUCACAUCACAUUUCCCGGUUCCAACGUCUAUGAACACCAAAGGGGAUCAAGUCAACAACUGGGAAUUUUUCAAACAACAAUGGUGCGAUUACGAGAUCGCAACAGGUCUCGAAUCUGGAAGCGACAAAGUCAGAAUGGCUACAUUACGUUCCGUCAUGGGUAAAGACUGCCUACAAAUACUUCUUAAUCUUAAGCUAAGCGAAGAACAAAGAGACAAUGUUGACGAAUGCCUGAAAGCACUGGAAUCGUAUUUCAAGCCAAAAAGAAACGUCGUCUAUGAGAGGUACAUCUUCAAUACAUGCACACAGAGCACCGACGAAACCAUAGAUGGAUAUGUAAACCGUUUGAGGAAACACGCGGCAACGUGCGAGUUUGGAGUCCUAACUGAUGAACUCAUACGUGACAGACUUGUACUGGGAAUCCGAGAAGAAAGUACAAAGCUACGACUUCUAAAAGAGGACAAACUAGAUCUAAACAAAGCGCUUAACAUUUGCCGUUCAAACGAGAUAGCCAGUAGCCAGUUAAAAGCCAUUAGUCAAGAUAAUAAAACAGGCAAAGAAGAAGUCCGUGUAAUUCAAAAAACACGCAACAAAACACGCAACAACAAG